AAUACUUGCUGUUCGAAGCUAAGAACAACGAAUGCACCGGUUCGCACGCAAAAGGCAAAUGGCACUCAGUCACUUUAGUUUUAAAGAAGAACAAUACCGCAAUACCAUCGCCGUGGUGGCCGGAGGUCGAUGGGAUGGAUGUAGUUCUCGUUCGUGAUCAGUGCACGCUCUACUACUAUCUCACAAAGACGAUCAUCGCGUGCGCGAUAAUGAUAUCAGGCCAAAAACACUGAACAGUGUCACAACAUUGAGCAGGCAAUCCACAUCAGCAAAUUAAUAUCAACUGGCAGCUAACUUCAGAAUCUCUUUUCGCACAUCAGCAAUUACUAACGAUGACGCGCAUUUACCUUCUAAUCUUCUGUUACAUUUCUAAUCCUGCACUAAGCGAACCAGCUACGUGGCUGAUGCAGGGCGACAAGUUUACCGAGGAUGAUGUGAUAUCCCGAGUUAUCCAGCUGGAGAGCCACAAGUCGUACUUCCCGAUGAACAGUACAGCAGAGAUGUACUACAGAGCUCCACCGGGCAAGCUCAUCCAGUGCGUGAUCGCCGCGUCCGUCUAUGGGCAAGGCCACGUGAGCGUCGUCGAGGGCGGCUACAGGACCAACAAGGUCCGGGUUAAUUACACGACGGAAAGCGGCAAAGCAGACGUCUUUUACUUUUUUAUACAGACCGUGAAGAGGGAAGCGAUGUUCGUUGAUGAGAACACGAGAUUAGGCAUCGUUUACGGACCCAUGAGGAGUUGGACCCUCGCGGAGAUACAGGAUUACUUUCGCAACAAUUCCAAUAUUUUUCCAUCGUAAUGGAAGAAUGCAUCGAUUUCGAAUUUUUUUUAUAAAAUAAUGAUAGCUUCUUAUAAAAAUACUUCGAAUU